CUCACUCACUCACAUGUUUGUUUCAACGACCCUUUUCUCCUUCCUUCCUUUUCUGCCACAUGUUCCUUCUUCCAUUGCAUCAUGCAUAAUUCCCCGUUGCCAUUCAAUUCUUUGCACUAAACUACACCAAAUUUGGACCCACACUACUUUUCCUUUUCCCCCUCACAACUCUUUCACCACUACUCACUCUUUUUCCACCUCUUCUUCUUCUUCUUCUUCUUCUUCUUCAUUAUUAUUAUCACUUCACAGUUCACACUACUCUUGUGUUGAGACUGAACAGCAAACAUGACUGAUACUACUGAUGAUAUUGCUGAGGAAAUCUCCUUCCAGAGCUUUGAUGAUGAUUGCAGGCUGCUUGGUAAUCUCCUCAACGACAUUCUCCAGCGUGAAGUUGGAACCACUGUUGUUGACAAGCUUGAGAGGAUUCGUGUGCUUGCUCAGAGUGGCUGUAAUAUGAGGCAGGCAGGGAUUGUGGACAUGGCUGAGAUGCUUGAGAAGCAGUUGGCCUCAGAGCUAUCAAAGAUGACACUCGAAGAAGCUCUUACCCUAGCUCGCGCCUUCAGCCACUAUCUUACUCUCAUGGGAAUAGCUGAAACUCAUCAUAGGGUUCGGAAAAGAGGGAACAAUAUAGCACAAACUGCAAAAUCAUGUGAUGAUAUCUUUAACCAGCUUGUGCAGGGUGGAGUUUCCCCUGAUGAACUUUAUGACACAGUCUGCAAGCAGGAGGUUGAAAUUGUUCUUACAGCUCAUCCUACUCAAAUUAAUCGCCGUACCUUACAAUACAAACACAUUAGAAUCGCUCAUCUUUUGGAUUAUAAUGAUCGACCUGAUCUUACCAUUGAAGAUCGAGAAAUGGUGAUUGAGGACCUGGUGAGAGAGAUAACUUCAAUAUGGCAGACCGAUGAGCUUAGGCGUCAGAAACCCACUCCAGUUGAUGAAGCUAGAGCUGGUUUGAAUAUUGUGGAGCAGUCACUCUGGAAAGCUGUUCCUCAUUAUUUACGUCGAGUUAGCAAUGCCUUGAAGAAGCAUACUGGGAAGCCACUUCCAUUGACUUGUACUCCCAUCAAGUUUGGAUCUUGGAUGGGAGGCGAUAGAGAUGGAAACCCAAAUGUGACAGCAAAGGUGACAAAAGAUGUAUCCCUUCUAUCCAGAUGGAUGGCAAUUGAUCUCUACAUCCGCGAAGUGGAUAGCCUCCGGUUUGAGCUAUCCAUGAACCAGUGCAGUGAGAGUUUGUCAAGACUGGCACAUGAAAUUCUAGAAGAAGCUAACCAUGAGAAUCGCCAUGAAAAUUGGAAUCAACCUGUGAGUAGAAGUCAGUCACUUCCAAAACAACUUCCAGCAAGAGCACAUUUACCCUCUUUUGCUGAAAAUGGUGAAGCUCAACAUCCCAGACUAGACAUUCCAGGACCUGAUCACUCACAACACAAUCACAAGGAAGGUGAGGUUUCUUCAACACUAUUCAAAAUCAGCGAAACUUCAGCGAACUCCGGGGCUUCUGCAGCUGCAAUAUCACCUUCUUCUUCAUUCAACUCCAUUCAACAACUUGGUCAAAGGAAAUCAUCUGCAGGGUCCCAGAUAGGAAGGUCCAGUUUUCAGAAGCUUAUGGAGCCUAAGCUCCCUCAGCUUCCUGGAAUUGCUCCUUACAGAGUUGUCCUAGGAAAUGUAAAAGAUAAGCUUGAGAGAAGUCGUAGACGGUUAGAACUUCUUCUUGAGGAUGUUUCAUGUGACAAUGAUCCUUUGGAUUACUAUGAAACCACUGAUCAGCUUUUGGAACCUCUUCUCCUGUGUUAUGAAUCUCUGCAAUCAUGUGGAUCUGGGGUGCUAGCCGAUGGUAGACUCGCUGAUCUGAUUCGUAGAGUUGCUACCUUUGGAAUGGUGUUAAUGAAGCUUGACUUGCGUCAGGAAUCUGGGAGACAUGCUGAAACAAUUGAUGCAAUUACUAAGUACUUGGAUUUGGGAACAUACAGUGAAUGGGACGAAGAAAAGAAACUCGAGUUCUUAACAAGAGAGCUGAAAGGGAAGAGGCCACUAGUUCCUCAUAGUAUAGAGGUUCCUCAUGAAGUCAAAGAAGUCUUGGACACCUUCCGAAUUGCUGCUGAGCUAGGGAGUGAUUCACUUGGAGCCUAUGUGAUAUCCAUGGCCUCAAAUGCAAGUGAUGUCCUUGCAGUAGAGCUUCUACAGAAGGACGCACGGCUUUCUGUUGCUGGAGACUUAGGAAGAGAAUGUCCUGGUGGAACGUUGCGGGUGGUCCCUCUAUUUGAAACUGUGAAGGACCUGCGAGGAGCUGGUUCAGUUAUCCGAAAACUUUUAUCAAUAGAUUGGUACCGUGAACACGUCAUUAAGAACCAUAAUGGGCAUCAAGAGGUUAUGGUUGGAUAUUCAGAUUCUGGCAAAGAUGCCGGUCGCUUUACUGCUGCUUGGGAACUUUACAAAGCUCAGGAGGAUGUUGUAGCUGCUUGCAAUGAGUAUGGUAUUAAGGUUACACUGUUCCAUGGUCGUGGAGGGAGUAUUGGUCGCGGUGGUGGCCCGACGUAUCUGGCUAUUCAGUCCCAACCACCUGGCUCCGUGAUGGGAACACUAAGGUCUACUGAGCAGGGAGAGAUGAUAGAUGCCAAGUUUGGGCUGCCACAAAUAGCCGUGAGACAACUGGAAAUAUACACAACAGCAGUGCUACUUGCAACUCUUCGGCCGCCUCAUCCGCCGCGUGAAGAGAAAUGGCGUAAAGUGAUAGAAGAGAUCUCGAAUAUCAGUUGCCAGUGUUACCGCAGUGUAGUGUAUGAAAAUCCUGAAUUCCUUUCCUACUUCCACGAAGCCACACCUGAAGCAGAGCUUGGCUUCCUCAACAUAGGCAGCCGGCCGGCAAGAAGGAAGAGCUCGAAAGGAAUCGGACACCUUCGCGCCAUACCGUGGCUAUUUGCGUGGACACAGACCAGAUUUGUGCUUCCUGCAUGGCUAGGUGUUGGUGCUGGAUUAAAAGGUGCAUGCGAGAAAGGCCACACGGAAGAGCUAAAAGAAAUGUACAAAGAGUGGCCAUUCUUCCAAAGCACAAUAGACCUUAUUGAAAUGGUUUUGGGGAAAGCAGACAUUCCUAUUGCCAAGCAUUAUGAUGAAGUUCUUGUGUCCAAGGAGAGGCAAGAACUCGGCCGUGAACUAAGGAGUGAGCUCAUGACGGCCGAGAAGUUUGUGCUGGUGAUUAGUGGCCAUGAGAAACUUCAACAGAAUAAUAGAAGCUUAAGGAGGCUCAUUGAGAAUAGACUUCCAUUUCUCAAUCCGUUGAACAUGUUGCAAGUGGAGAUACUCAAGAGGCUAAGGCGUGAGGACGACAACCGAAAGAUCAGAGAUGCUUUGCUAAUCACCAUUAAUGGAAUUGCUGCUGGGAUGAAGAACACGGGUUGAUUUUGAUUCUCAACAAUCAUGAACUUUAGGUGCUUAUAGGGAGCAUAAUCUUAGCUGGUACUUUAUGAGCACCCAAUGUUUCAGUGUUUCACAUGUUCCUUGUCUUUCCAGUUUCCACCUAUCCCCAUUAUGAUAUCUAUUAUGGUUUGUAAUGUACUCAGAAAACAAAACAAUAAAAUAAUAAUGUGAUGUAAAUUUAGUUUUCCCA